UAUCAUGAACAUUGUUACAAAAGAAUUGCUCAAUGUAUCGAAUGAAAUUGUUUUCUGGCCUCCUGAAUUUUUUUGAAAAAACCUGAAAAAUUUUAGGCGCUCACCUGAAAAACCUGGCAGGUAUUUCCAUUUUUUUACUCUCACCCCUGGACAUGUGGUCGAACAAAAGCGCGUAAGCUUUAUUACAACUGCCUUCAUAUCGUUUUCAAUCCUAAUAAUUUUGUAGGUUCCAUCGCUUGUGAUGUUCUUUCGCCGUAUUUUGUCAAAGAAGUUGUUGUUGAUGUACAGAAAAAUACCUAUUAUUCUCUUGCAUAUGAUGCUACCAACAGAGGAAAUUCCAAAGUAUUUCCGUUCGUUGUACAAUAUUUUUCUGAUAAAGGUACUAAACGCGGUCAAAUCGAAGUAAUUAAAUAUCCAGGUGAAACAGCCAAUGAAUUGUUUCGCAAUACACACGAAGUAAUGAUGAGCAAUGGGUUGACUAUUGAAGGUUUAACAGCUUUAGGAGCCGAUAAUACAAAUGUUAACUUUGGUGCCAAUCAUUCAUUGCAUACGUUGUUUCGAGAUAUUAAGCCAAAUCUGAUAAGAGGAAAUUGUUUUUGUCAUAUUUUGAAUAAUUCUAUUAAACAUGCUAACAGUUAUUUAUUGCUUGAUGUUGAAUGUAUUAUUAUGAAAGUCAAUGCCUACUUCUCUCGAUCAGCAAAACGAUUUGAAGAACUAAAAUCAUAUUUUGAGUUUGUUGAACUCGAUUAUGUUGUAUUAGUACAGCAUAUAAAAAUUAGAUGGUUAAGUUUGUUUAAUUCAAUCGAACGUUUAGUAAUAGUUUAUCCAGCUGUUGGAGCAUAUUUUCUCAAUCUUGACGAAGAUUGUCCAGCUAUAUUGAAUAGUUUUUUCACAUUGGAUGAAUCCAUUUGUACAUUGUAUUUUUUAGAAAAUAUUUUAUUUGAGCAACGAUCAGCUCUUCAACUUCAACAUCAUCAUUGUACAGCCGUUGAUAUCCAUCGAAUGAUAACAAGUAUUUUGAUUAAAUUGAAAAAAAGAUUAGAUGAUGAAUAUUAUGGCUAUUUAUCACGGGAAAGAUUAAGAAGAAUGAACAAAGAGGAUGCUGAAAAAUUAGAAAAAUCAUUUGAAAAUUUCAUCAACAAGAUAAUCAGCUAUAUUCAUACGUAUUUUGAUGAAAAUGCCAAUUUGUAUCGGAGUUGA